AUGGGUGUCCACGCUUUAUGGGACGUUGUUGGCCCCACAGCACGUCCAGUGCGACUGGAGUCUCUUUCCAGCCGGCGCUUGGCCGUAGAUGCAUCGAUUUGGAUUUACCAAUUUUUGAAGGCCGUCAGGGACAAGCAAGGCAACGCCAUGAGAUUUUCACAUAUUGUGGGGUUUUUCAGGAGAAUUUGUAAAUUGCUCUACUUUGGAAUCAAACCUGUGUUUGUCUUUGACGGCGGAGCGCCUGCCCUCAAAAGGAGAACUAUCCAAGAAAGGAAAGAAAGACGACAAGGAAGACGAGAUAACGCUGCCAGCACUGCUAAGCGACUUCUUGCCCUACAGAUGCAUACUGGCAAGGUACCGGAGCAGAGCUCGUCACAGAACGAAGCUGGCAAUGAGAGAGUCCAUAUUUUCCGGCCCAAUGAUGAUUAUCAUUUACCAGAAAUACCCGGGUUUAAGGUAGAAAAGAAUGAUUCCAGACUUAACAUUGAAGAGCAAGACAUUAAAACGCUGAUGGAUGGAAUAGAUGAUCUAGAAGGAAUAGAUCUAGACACGAUAAAUCCCGCUUCUAAAGAGUUCGAUGAGCUGCCGAGCUCAACACAGUACAUGAUACUGUCUGCAUUACGCCUCAAGUCUCGAUUGAGAAUGGGUUAUUCCAAAGAGCAAUUGGAGAAUAUAUACCCGGACAGCAUGGACUUCUCCAAAUUUCAGAUAGACAUGGUGAAAAGACGAAAUUUCUUCACGCAGAAGCUGAUGAACGUCACCGGUAUGCACGAUGGAGGAGCUGGGAGAAUGGACGAUCAUUCCGUUCGUCGCGUUGCCGGGCAGCGCGGCAAAGAAUAUGAGUUGAUCAGAACCGAAAAUGGCUGGGUCCUCAGCCUCGAAGGGAAGGAUGGAUCUGAGGUGAGAAAAGCCAUUGAAUUAGACGAGCCCUCUAGAACCACGCACAAGGACAAUGAGUCGUUGCAGGCAAGUAAAGAAUCUGGCGGUGAUGAGUUUGACGAUGUUGAAUGGGAAGAUGUGCAGACGGAAAAGAAAGAUCGUCGCGACAGGACGGACUAUUCCAUCAAAGCUUCGCUACUUCCUCCAUUAGGGGCUCUUUCAGAAGUGGGCGGCAAUCAAGCCUUUUUGGAUAGAAGGCAUAACUCCCCAGAAGCAAUAAAUCGUAAGAAUGAAGUCAUUUUUAUAGAAAAUGAACCCGCUAAGAACGAUGAGACAGAUGAUAGUGACGAUGAUUUUACUGUUUUUUCGAGGGACGUCAAUCUCAUGAACUCGAUGAAAGCCAAAGAGCCGGCUCAAGAAAAUGCAAAAACGGCAAAUUUUCCCCAACUGAAUUCAACAAUUGAUGAUUUAUGUCCAAAAGAUUCACCCAAUGACUCGCUUAAAUUACGUGAGGGGAAUUUGGAGGCCAUCAGACCAAAAAUUUCGCCCCAAAACCAUUUGAGCAAGAGCAAAGGUAUCUCUGAAGUCAAAGACAAUGCGCCGGUAGCACUGCCAACUGAAAGCGAGCAAACUCUGCAAUUUAUCGUCAAUCGAAUUAGUCCUGAAGAAGGCCAACCAGCAUUGAGAGAGACCUCUUCGAAGAAUUCUGUGAAUUUGGAGGGAAAAGAUAAGAUAGCCCUUGACUCCUCCGUCGAGGAAAAUGAGACUCAGAGACCCAUACUAGACUCGCCUGAAUGGUUCAAAACUAGCUCAACUUUUAGCGUUAAUCCCCAUCUGGGCACGUCUUUUCUGACCUUGCCGGUAGACAACAAUUUGGCAAAAGAGAGUGAAAAUGAAUCUCUCUUCGCUAAUAGCAGAGCUAGAGAGCUCAUGAAGGCCUAUGAAGAGGAAGAAUCCGGUGAGCGCAAUUCUGACAAGGACGAACUAGAAAUUUUGUCAGUUUCUCCGAGUCCUCGAGCCUCUGACGAUAUACAACCAAAGCCCGACACAAAUGCUCCUAGUCCAGAAAGCAAGAAUUCUUCCGUCAUAGACUAUGACUUUUCCGAGGAUGAAGAGAAUGCCCUUGUUGAACAGUUGCGGCAAGAAGAACAAGACUAUCAUCAAUUCAAAACGGUUCUGAAUCCAAUUACUUCAAAUUUGAGCCCUUUGGAGAAUGACUUGGAUGCUCUUAACGAUCAGCAAAUGAAAGACAAGAGGGACUCCGACGAAGUGACACUAGCAAUGGUGAAGGAAGUCCAAGAUCUUCUUUCGCGAUUUGGAAUCCCUUACUUAACUGCCCCCAUGGAAGCAGAAGCUCAAUGCGCUGAACUACUGCGACUUAACCUAGUCGAUGGUAUAAUCACUGAUGACAGCGAUGUGUUUCUUUUCGGCGGCAACAAGGUCUACAAAAACAUGUUCCAAGAGAAAAACUACGUAGAAUUUUACCAUGACGAUGUGAUCCGAAAAGAUUUGGGACUUGAGCGCGAAAAAUUCAUUGAACUUGCUCAACUGCUGGGCAGUGAUUAUACAAAUGGCGUCAAAAGCGUAGGUCCUGUCACGGCAAUGGAGAUUUUAGCGGAUUUUGGUGAUUUAAGCUCAUUUAGAGAAUGGUAUAAUGAAGGCCAAUUUCAUCAAAAGAAGCAAAAAAACGAGCCAACGUUUAGGAAAAAUCUCAGAAAACGAUUAGUCGCUAAUGAGGUCGUUUUAGACAAUGAUUUCCCAAGUGAACUCGUUAAAGAAGCCUACUUGAGGCCGGAGGUAGAUCAUGACACUACUAAAUUUACUUGGGGUGUGCCAGAUCUGGACAGGCUGCGAAACUAUUUCCAAAUAACUGUCGGAUGGCCACAAGAAAAGACAGAUGAGGUACUUGUACCUUUGAUAAGAGAGAUGAACGACAGGAAAAAACAUGGAAUUCAAAAUACUAUCACCAAUUUCUUCCCUACAGAGUUUAUAAGAGCUGAAAAAGAGCUAAAGUUGGGUAAACGUAUUAAAAAUGCCAGCGGGAAACUGAAAAACAAAAGGCAGAAAAAAUGA